AUGGCAAAAAUUAUAAUUUCUUUAAUUUUAUUGCUCUCUUUAUUUUCAUUUUCAUAUGGUGCUUAUAAUUGUAAUAAAUUAAAUUGUUCAUCAAAAAAUACAAAAUGUAGAACAUUCUCUUGUACUAGUGUUGUUGGAUGUUAUUAUACUGAUAAAUGCACUAGCCCAGAUUUAUGCCAUAAUUCUGCUUGUAAUGCUUCAACUGGAAAUUGUACAUUAACUACUAUCAGUUGUAAUGAUAAUAACCCUUGUACUGAUGAUUUUUGCCAUCCAGGUUAUGGUUGUUAUAGUGUUCCAAACAGUUGUGAUCCAGGUGUAAUUUGCCAACAAAAUUGUAAUGAUAAUGAUCCAUGUACAUAUGAUUUCUGUGAUGCUUUAAAUAUUUGUCGUCAUUCCGAAACCUAUUGCAAUGAUGGUGAUGCUUGUACAUUAAAUACUUGUGGUGUAAAUGGUUGUAACUUUACAAAAAUAUCUUGCGAUGAUAAUGAUCCAUGUACUGCCGAUUAUUGUUCAACAUUAUAUGGUUGUUAUCAUGAACCAAUCGAAUGUUCAAUUAAAGUACCAUGUAAUAUUGAUUCCGAUUGUAAUAGAAAUAAUGGAUGUGAAACUUUUACUUGUAAUUUAUCAACAAAUACCUGUGAUUACUAUGCUAAAAAUUGUGGUGGUUGGCCAUGUAUUAAUAAUCAAUGUACAACUGGUUCAAUUUCAAAUUAA